AUGCCCGCGGCUGUCGAGGCGAUGGCAACUACACCGAAUUCACAGAGCGCUAUGGAUGCGAGUAACGCAGAUAAGAAACGUAACAAAUUGGGGUAUCAUCGGACGUCUGUCGCAUGUGUGCACUGCCGACGACGGAAGAUUCGAUGCUUGGUAGCCCCGGACGAUUCACAAGGACGUUGUGAGAAUUGUAUUCGAUUGCGAAAGGAAUGCCAGUUUUUCCCAGUCGAUCAACAACCUCCGAUUGAGAAAAAGUCGAGGCCGACUUCGCGAUUGGAGACGCAACCGCCGGCGGAUCACUCGACAACAAUUACUUCGUCACCAACAAACGUGAAAUUCGAUUCCGCGGAACCUUACUAUCCGUAUCCGCAAAUUCCUUUGAAUGCGUCGUCCGGUCAGGACAUAUCUGCUUUUAAUCCAGCCGUCUAUGCUGGUCACCCCAUGUCGGGCUUUGCGCCAGAUCGACCAAUGGGCGGAGAAUUCCCGACACACCCCACGAUGGAAACAGGGGUCCCAUGGGAUGAAUUCACAACGAUAUCAGACCCCCAGAUGUUGGCUACAAUGGCUGCCAACAAGAACCAGAUGAUGAAUCUAUCACCAAACGUCUGGACUCCCGGCUCCGUACCAGCCGGCUUAUCACCCAGCUCACCAAUGUCCGGCGCAUCUCCAAUGUCUGGCCAAGCACAGCCUAUGAGCGCUCCCACCUACGCCAUGCAACCCGACGGAACAGUCUGGCAAGUCCCACCACAACAACCAUCAAGAGCGAUGAGUUACCCCGGUCAGGAAAUGAGCCCUUCAUACCAAAAUCAAUAUCAACCUCAAAUGCCUCCAGACCUGAAGAGGAGAAUGACAACACCCGCUCAGUCCCUUUCUUCAAGUGCCGGUGCACACAGCUCACCUGGUUCAGCUUCCGAUAUGCAACCUCCAGGCCCGGUACCUUACCCGCCUCAACCGGGCAUGGAAUAUGCCCAGUGGCCCAUGAAUAUGCAACCGGGUAUGGGCGUCGUUCCAUACCCCAUGUAUGCAGGCGAAGCGGUUCCACAACAACAAUACUCUACCCAACCCCCUCCAAUGGGACAUCCGGGGGCAGGACGCUCAGGACCUUGA